AACAUCAUGUGUGGUGCCUAUCAUGUCGUGAAUGAAAUACACUAGACCCUGGCAUAGCGUGCUUACGCUUACUAUGUCACACUCGAAGUUGAGACAGCAUGUUUCAUCUUGUGUAUCAGCCAUCACUCACCAAUCCUUCCACCAUUUCCCACAUCCCAAAAUAACCACGGUUCCUCCUUGCUCUUCCCAACCCAAACACCCACAACACUUACUCUCUCUUCUUCUCAAAGACCCAUCUCAAAGCCAAGCCAUUCAACAAGUUCACUCUCACAUCAUCACCUCUGGUCUCUUCCACUACGCUUCUCACAACACACUCACUUGCUUACUCCUCUUCAACAACGUUAUUCGUUGUUACUCCCUUGGCCCCUUCCCCCACCAAGCUCUUCACUUUUUCACAUACACCCAACACUGCCACACUUUCUUGACUUACCCUUCUCUUGACUCUUUCUCUUUUGCUUUCCUCUGCCACUCUUGUGCCCACUCAAACUACACCCACUUCGGGAUUCAGCUUCACGCCCUCAUUUUCAAGGUGGGUUUUCAGUUUCAUGUCUAUGUGCAAACUGGGUUGUUGCAAAUGUACUCAAGUUGUGGUCUUUUAGUUGAAGCAGCACAGGUUUUCUAUGAAAUGCAACAGAGAAGUUUAGUUACUUGGAAUGUUUUUAUUACUGGUUUGAUUAGAUGGGGUGAGGUUGAACUUGCUUGUUCUGUGUUUUAUCAGAUGCCUGCUAGGAGUGUAGUGUCGUGGACUCUUGUUAUUGAUGGAUACACGCGAAUGAAUUGGCCUAUGAAAGCUUUGACUUUGUUUAGGGAAAUGGUUGAAUGUGAUGGUGUAGAACCUACUGAAGUUACUCUUUUGACUGUUUUUCCUGCUAUUGCAAAUAUUGGAUGUGUUAAGAUAUGUCAAUCAGUUCAUGGUUAUGCAGAGAAGAGAGGGUUCAAUGCCUUCGAUAUUCGUGUUGUGAAUGCGCUGAUAGAUUUGUAUGCAAAGUGUGGAUGCAUAGCGAGUGCGAGUAGGUUCUUCCAGGAGAUACCUGACAAGAGGAAGAAUUUGGUGUCAUGGACCACGGCUAUUUCUGGUUUUGCGAUGAAUGGGAUGGGGAGGGAAGCUGUGGAGAGUUUUGAGAGCAUGGAAAAGGAUGGGAUGAGGCCAAACCGUGUGACAUUCCUGAGUGUUUUGAGUGCCUGUAGUCAUGGAGGAUUGAUUGAGGAGGGACUUAAGUUUUUUGUUAAGAUGGUGAAAGAUUGUCAACUUGUGCCAGAUAUCAAGCAUUAUAGUUGUGUGAUAGAUAUGUUGGGAAGGGCUGGGAGGUUAGAGGAAGCUGAAAAGGUUGCUUUACAGGUGCCUCAUGAGGUUGCCAACGCUGUGAUGUGGAGGACACUUCUGGGUGCUUGUAGUGUUCAUAAUAAUGUUGAAAUUGGUCAGAGGGUGACUAGAAAAAUAUUGGAGAUGGAGAGAGGACAUGGUGGGGAUUAUGUUCUUAUGUCCAAUAUUCUUGUUGGUGUUGGGAGAUUUAAGGAUGCAGAAAGGUUAAGGGAAAUGAUAGAUAAGAGAAUUGCCUUCAAACUUCCUGGCUACAGCUUAUUCUAAAAUGAUAUAUGAGUGAUGUGCACCGGAAAUGGAUAGAUCAUUGCUCUGCCUUUCUUAUUGCUUGGGGGGAGGUGGUAUUGAACUUGUGAAUAUGGGAGAAGAAUUUAUCCAGACACUCAUCACUAGGCCAAAGGCUUAUUGAUUCUGCAGAAGAUUCCAUAUUUAGGGUUUAGGGUGAAGAAGGAAGAAAAUGGAUAUAGAAAUCGUGUUGAGAAUGUGAAGGGCACUGUCUUUGGGAUAAACUCUGUCACACUUUUUGCUUCAAGCAAUGUUUUA